AGCGUGUGGCGCCAAGGUGACUGAGGAGUGCGCGCGUCCGUGGUGGCUACCGGAACCGCUGCAAUCUCGCUAAUUGAAAUGCAGAAUCGGCGAUGACCGGGCGCCCGACCGGCUGGAGGAGGGGUUGUUCCGCAGCGGACGAGCAGCAGAAGCAGCAGCAGGAGGCGGGCCAGGGGCGCGUCGCGACCAGCGGGGGCUGCGCCCGUAGCCGAAGCCCGAGCCGCCGAACCGGUGCCGCUGGCCGGCGCGAUAACGGCCGCUCGCACAGAUAAGCGGGCCAGGAGCAGCGCACCGCGCCCCAUCACCGGCCCGCGGCCACUCAGUCGAGCGCGGGCAGCCAGUGCAGCCGCAGACGCACACGCACACGCACACGUACGCAGUCGCACGCACAGCACAGCACAGCUCACAGUCGCCAGCGCGCCCCUCAUGGAGAUGCUGCAGAGCCUGAACGCGCUCGCCACCAAGCUCUCGCCGCAGACGGACAGCAACGCCAACAAGGUGGGCGGCGGCGUGGGCGGCGUGGGCGGCGUGUCGGUGAGCCAGCUGCGGCAGCUGCACAACAACAACCACCCGUACAGCAAGCCGCAGCGGCUGUCGCCCCAGCCGCAGCCCCCGGCCCAGCCUCAGGCGUCGCCCCAGCCGCUGGCGCAGCCGCAGCCGGUCCGCGACGCCGCCGACGCCGACGCCGACGCCGACGCCGACUCGCCCCCGCAGCCGGCCACCAACGGGCACCCCAGCCCCGACCCCGCCGACGCAGACGCCGACGCCGACGCCGACAAGGACGCAAAGUGAGUACAGCACUGAUGAAUUUAUGUCUCGCAGUUGGUGA